AUGAUAACCAAGAGCAACACCAAGAGCAAGACCGUGAGCAAGACCGAGACUGAGCCCGAGACCCCAAGAGCUGAAAGCCGAAGACAGAGAUUUCCGGAUAAGAGUGAUAAAGCUGGGAACGUGUACCAAAUACUAGUGUGCUCUAGAGAAUCGUUGACCAAGAAGUUGAAGAUGAACGAGGAUAUGAGGAGAGGACAAAGAAGUCUCAUAACGCAGUUGCAGUUCGCAGGAAGAAAUAGGGAGAACGGACGGAACAAGGACGAAACACGCACGCACGCACGAGGAAGAAGGAGGAAGAAGCGAGACGAACGUGCUGCGGAAGCAGGUGGGAAGUGCGAUACAUCGAGCAACGGGCCGUCCAUCCGAUACUCACGGGUAACAGGGCGCUUGAGGCGAAUGUGGACCCUAUUUGUGGGGUCCUUAGUCCCUGAGAGGCGAUGGUCACACAUCGACAUCCAACAGAGCACUCUCUCCCUAUCCCUAUCACCAACACUCACAAACCCAGCACACCCCUCAUCCCUCUCUCUAUCAUCAACCCUCCCACUCGUCCGUCCUCUCACAGAUCUCACACUCCCUCCCGCUCCCGGUCAACCCCGUGACAGGCUCCAAGUCCCCCCUCCUAGGAACUCAGAAAAACUCUCGCUCCAGCUCCUAUCCCCCACGUCAGCAGCAGCAGCAGACGCCGUAGACCUAGACGAGCCACUCAUAGACUGGGCCGCACUCCGCUGCUGGCGUACAUACUGCAAAUGGUGUCACUGGCCAAAAUACGCAGUGUUGUUCUUCUUGCUCGCUACGAGUGUCCCGGUUGCGAUAGAGCACAAGCCGCUUGUCGACCUUUGCAGACCAUGGAUCACCUCUUUAGGCCACAUGCCCGCAGGCUGGUUAAUACCUAUCGUGAUCCUAUUUAUCAUCUCCUUCCCCCCGCUCUUCGGACACGAGAUCAUCGCUGUCCUCGUUGGACUCGUAUGGGGCUUCGGACUGGGGUUCGCGAUCGUAGCAGUAGGGACAGUAUUAGGCGAAGUCGGGAACUUUUACGCCUUCCGCUACCUCCUCAGCGCGAAAGGACACCGUGCGGAACUCACAAACCUGCGGUACGCGACCCUAGCCCGCAUAAUCCGCGACGGAGGGUUCACGAUCGCCCUUGUUACUCGGCUCAGUGCCGUACCGGGACAUCUGACUACGGCGGUGUUCUCGACUUGUGGGAUGGGGAUUGGGACGUUCGUGUUGGCGGCGGCGUUGAGUAUGCCUAAGCAGAUGGUGACUGUUUAUUUGGGGGUCGUACUCCUCCAAUCCGCCGACGGGCACAUGUCACCAAAGAACAAAGCCCUCUCCGCAGUAGUGAUCCUCGUAACAGUCCUAGUGACAAUCUUCGCAGCGCUAUGGAUAUACUGGAAGAUGAGCCUUGCCUAUCCUGUGGUCGUGGGGGAGAGGAGGGUUGCGAGGGAGGAGAGGAGGCUCCGGGGGGUUGGGGGUGGGGGAGCUGGAGCUGGAGAGUUGGAGAAGCAGUUGGGGUUGGAGAAGGGGUUGGAGAAGGGGCUGAGGCUGGAGCUGACCCAGGUUUCGCCUUUAGAAGUCCGACUGCCAGGGGAGGAGGAGUCGGUCCUAACAGCAUCAGCUUCGGUGACAGCGUCUACUGUCGACCUACCUGUGUUGGACGCUGUUGACGCUGUUGUCCCGCUGCCUUCUUCUUUGUCUCCGCCUUUGACAUCUCGCUUUCGCUCUUCGCCGUCUCCUUCGCCGUCUCCAUGCCCGUCGCCAUGCCCGUCGCCCUCACCUUCCCCAACCGCAAACGGGCAGCCCCAAGUCCAGAAAUCAGACAUCGAGCCCACCACAUCAGGGCUGUUAAGCCUUAUCCGCCGGUUCCGUCGCUCCACUCGAGGACAGGGAGGGAGGGAGCAGGAGGAGGGUCGCGCUGGGCUGGGGCUGGGCAGGGAGAUGGAAGGCGUGGCGGGGAGUGAUCUGGUUUUACCUCUCUCGAUGAGUGCGGUGGGAGCGGGAACGGGGACGGGCGGACUUGCUGGACCUGUACUGGGGCGACAGCAGCAGCAGCAGCAGCAGCAGCAGGGGGAGGGGGAGGGGAGGUAACCUCCACUGGGUGGUUGGUAUGGACAGACUAGAGGGUGGGAUGGAGAGUAUGGACGGACACGCUACGGGCAAAGGCAGGAAAUGGACGGAAAACGGAUCCCAAUGACUUUGAUUCAGUGGACACAAGGGAGGGAGGGAAGGGGAAGGGAG